UGCUGUUGCGCUGUGACGUGAAUGCGAAGCGCUGGACGGAAAUGACGGAAGAUAAUGUCGGGGAACAAUCCUCUGAGGUGUCGCUGGGGCUCCUUCUGAAGAUCACGAUGUGUCACUGCCGGUGUGUCGUCCUGAUCUUUCUGAAUUGUGGGUAGAUUGGGGUGACGAUGGCAUCUGACCUGAUGCAGACGAGCGGAGAGACCUUCGUGCUUUCAGGUUCAAAUGUGCUGAAUGGAGGGAAGUCGGCCGGAGCUGCAGCCGUGUGGAGAAAUCAUACCAGCUGGCUGUCCCGAGUGGCCAGGAUGGCUUCGGAAGUGCAGGACAAAUGUGCGGCGUAUGUGUUUGCCUUGAGGCCAUGGAGUUUUAGUGCCUCGCUCACACCUGUGGCUCUGGGCAGCGCUCUGGCGUACAAACUGGAGGGCUCCGUGGACCUCCUUGUCCUGCUGGUCUGUGCUGUGGCCGUUCUGGUGGUCCAUGGGGCGGGAAACCUGGUGAACACCUACUACGAUUUCUCGAAGGGAAUCGACCAUAAGAAGAGUGAUGACAGGACUUUAGUUGAUCAGAUCUUGAAGCCACAAGACGUGGUGAUGUUCGGGGCGGUGUUGUACUCGGCCGGAUGUCUGUGUGCCACUCUGUUGUACUUCCUCUCCACACUGAAAUUGGAGCAUUUAGCUCUGAUUUAUUUUGGAGGACUGUCCAGUUCAUUUUUGUAUACUGGAGGUAUAGGACUGAAGUAUGUUGCCCUGGGCGACGUGGUCAUCCUCAUCACCUUCGGUCCUCUGGCCGUCAUGUUUGCUCACUCCGUGCAGGUGGGCUACUUGUCCGUUUUGCCGCUGGUCUAUGCCAUACCGCUGGCGCUCAAUACUGAAGCCAUCCUGCACAGCAACAACACCCGAGACUUGGACUCGGACAAGCAGGCGGGCAUCGUCACCCUGGCUAUACUGGUGGGGCCCACGCUGUCUUACGUCAUCUUCAAUCUGCUGCUUUUUGUACCGUAUCUGCUUUUCUGUAUCUUAGCCACACACUAUACAAUUAGCAUGGCUCUUCCGCUGUUAACGCUGCCCAUGGCCUUCCCUCUGGAGAGGCAGUUCCGCCGGCAGUGUUACGCCAAGAUCCCUCAGUCCACCGCAAAGCUCAAUUUGCUCAUGGGACUCUUUUACGUUUUUGGGAUUAUAUUGGCGCCACAGGGGAGCUUGCCGUUAUUGUGAGAACUUUUUCAGUUCUUUUAAAACAUUUGUCCUGUUUGUUUCAAUCUGUUUGUUUAGAUUGUUCAAAACAUUUUUUGUAUUUUAGAAAUCUUGAUCUAAAGUUUUGAGACUUGAAUUUAUUGUUGUUUUAUUUAUGUUUCAGAGUGAGCAAGAUCAUCAGUAUUGUGAAAGACAAACACAAUGAUAUCUGUGCUUUCACAACUAAUUUACUAGUGAUAAACAGUUUCAGAGAUAUUCAGGACAUUUCUCAUUAUUUCCUGUUUUAUGUUUUUAAACAUGAACAUGUUUUUUAAUGAUUGGUUUGUAAUUUUACAAAAUCACCAAGAAGAGCGUAUUUCAUGUCAAGUACCAAACCUUGAGUUCUGUGUAAGUCUAUGUGGACAUUAAUACAUUUCUUUGGAAAACACAUUCAUUCCUCUACAUUAAUGCCUCUAAUGCACACUAGAAUGAGGUUUUCCUCCACAGAAAGCAGAGAAUUUCAAAAAUGCUUUCCAUAUUCAGAGUUUAAAAAUGAUUGCUUUAGGAAACUGAAAACAGAGGUGUCAGACUUUAACGGAUU